UCCCUGCAGUGAUGGCCGUAUAUAAAAGUGACUAGAACAACACUGCCGCAGUGUAUUUAAUGACAUUAUAGAGCAUCUUUGCUUGUACUUCUGCCUGACUUAUACUCGCUUGACUGCAGUUUGCUUUAUAAAUGGCGUGUCCUCUAAAUCACACAGCGGAGUUAAACCAAGCCCUCCUCCCUCUCGACUGGCUUCUGGGUACCUGGGAGUCGGAUGAACCCGGAGAGGGCUGUUUUGCCUCCAUAAAACCUUUCCACUACACAGAGACACUGAACUUCAGCCAUGUGGGACAACCAGUCAUCAAUUUCAUGUUCAAUGCCUUCCAUGCAGACACCCGGAAGCCUCUGCACAGGGAGUGUGGCUUCAUUCGAAUGCAGCCGGGAGCCAACAGAGUGGCGUUCAUCAUCGCACAGAACUCAGGUCUGGUGGAGAUUGAGGAGGGAGAACUGACAGCGCAGCAGCUGAACCUGCAGAGCCAGGCGCUGGCCAGAGUCUCCUUCGCCAGAGAGCCGCAUGUACAGAAGAUUUCCCGAGUGAUUCAGCUCCGACCAGAUGGGAGGCUGGAGCAGACAGUUUCCAUGGCAACAGACAACCAGCCACUGAUGCAGCACUUGCACAUCACCUACCGUCGGUCAUCUUGACCCAACGGGCUGCCAGGCCUGUUUUACAUAGAAAUACUUAAUCGGUUAAGUCAGAUAAUCAUAUAAACAGUUUGGGUUGUUGAGUUCAUUGCCAUCACCUGGAGAACAGGUCUGAAACUCCACAGGGAAGCUUUAAUAUAAAAAAUUAAAAUGUUAUAUUGCACUUAAUGGCCUUGGUUGAGUAUGGGUGCUUGUGUUAUAUUAAUAUUUAUUGACUGGAUAUUUAAUCUUGGAGCUGUAACGCUUAUAAAGCACCGAUGCAUUUAUGUUACGUACUGUGUCCUCUUGUCUUAACUUUCAUUGCACUAUUUUUAGAUUGAAAGCUAAAGUAACUGCUGUCCUUCUGGAGUCACUGAGAAGUAUUUUAAGUGUACAAUUCAGAGUCACACAGAGUUGUUCUUCUACUGGGUGUUAUUUGUGGUUAUGGUUUAAGACCGUAAACAUUACAUUAAAGUCAUUUCAUGUGUUUCAGUUUGGUUUGUCUUGACAUGUAACAUAUAGAUGUUCCUAUAUCGGCUGCACUAAAAUAAAUUAAAGUUAUUUAAACUAUU